AUGCAUCUGGAAUCCGGACAUCCACGUGAACUUACUGAUGCUGCAAAUGCCGAGGGCUGCUGCGUGUUAUCAUUACCUCGUGUCUUCGAAGAGCGUUGGACAGAAUUCACAUCGUCGUUAAUAAAAGUGGUCUUAAGAUCUUGGCAUGCUCUUGUUGCCUAUUUCAAAAAUAGAGAUGAGAAGGAAGCUGCAGGUUUCAUGUGUUUUUUAACCAGGAAAUCCAAUCUUGACCUGCUGACCUUCAUUGCAAAUUUGCUUGCUGCAUUUUCACGAUACCAGCAACAACUACAAUCGGACUCCAUGCCACAACAUUAAUUGACAUGGACAGAUACACAUCUAAGGUGAAGGUAAAGGUGUUAGGAUUAAAAGAAACGGCUCUCCUCGGUGGAUGGGUUGAAGCUCUAAGCGAGCAAGUUUUGGAGGAAGAAGAUGGAACCAUGUCUUUAAAGGGAGUUAAAUUAAACAGUGGAAAUGCAAGGCGUCGACACAUCCACCAUCUUUAUGUCACUGACACAAGGAACAUUGAUGCAAUCAAGAAUGAAAUCAUCGAGUCUCUGAAAGAAUUUUUGACCCAAAGGUAA